GGGGGGGGGGGGGGUCGUAGUGAGCCCUCCCCCCCGAGGACUCCGUCGUUCUGCUGGGGGCCUUCGACGCUCACCCGGGUAAAGACGGCGAGACCCGGAAGGCCCGCAUCGGGAAGAACGGCCCCGUCGAUCAGAAGCCGAGCGGCGUUGCGUUAUUGGGCUUCUGUGCUCACCGCGGAGCGUGCAGAACAAAACGCCGUGUUCUAACUUAACGGUGUCCACGAGCGCACUUGGCAGCGGAAUGCCCAAGGUCGCAGUUCGACGGCGGGCGCGUUAUCGGACGUUCUGCCGGUCCCAAACGGAUCGGGAGAGUCUGCCGCAAAAAAGUCCAAAGAGGCCAGACCAGAAAAAUCCGCCACCGUGGGAAACUCGCGGGCGCGUUUUUUAAUCAAUCUUCCGUAACUAGCAGGAGAAGCUAAAUUCCAAGUUGGAUAAUGCACUGCUGCCAUCUAGUGUCCCUUCUUCAAAAUAAAUCUUGACUAGAACAAGAAAGUACAUCGGAUUUCAAAUGACUGAAGUUGUGCACUGACUUCCUUUUUCAACGUGAUUGGUUGCUUGUAAAGAGUCGACAUGAAAGAGGAUGUGGACACUUGUGGGUUGGCGUGAGCUCACAGCUGCAUUUUCACUCGCUUCAAACAGGACACAACGUGAGUCUUCUCGGUCUUCCCGCUCUCAAGCAGAACAAGCCAGCGGACGGCAUAUGACCAGCCACCUGCGCGAAAACCCAACACGGCUGCACGCAGGAACAAGCCGCAGAAAGGGUUUUGUUUCCGGACACAAAAAGUUCCACUUCUGCUUUUGGUUGCUGAAAAGAGACCAGACGAGGCAAAAGUGCAGCACGACGCCGGCAGGCACUUGGCAGCUUUCGGAUGGCGCGCUGGCUGCUGCCCCCGCUGGCCUGCGCUUGCGUUGCGGCUCUACUGUGCGGCGCGGCCGCCGGGCACGACGACGACGGCGACGGCGACGGGAGGACCUUUUGCUCGUGGACGUGCGCCGUCUUCACGCUGCAGUGGCCCGGCGGCUUCUGCCAGUCUUUGGACAACAUUUCCCUCUGCACCAUCCCCGAGCACGUCAACGACUGGAUGAUCCACGGCCUGUGGCCGCUGAAGGCGCAGAGGUGCUGCGACUGCUGGCCCGUGUUCCCGUCCGACAUCCAGGAGGUGCGCCAGGAGCUGGAGCGAACGUGGCCCUCGUUGUUGACCAGUCGAAGCAGCUUCCAUUUCUGGAAGGACGAGUGGGAGAAACACGGCGCGUGCGCCGCCUGCGCAGAAGGUCUCAACUCUCCGCUCAGAUAUUUCCAGACGUGCCUGAAACUGAGACAACUCUUCGACCUGCGCAAAGCGCUGGACGCCGCCGGCAUCGCGCCGUCCUGCCGGCGACCUUACAAGUUGGCCCAAGUGCUGGACGUGCUGCUUCCGCUGGUCGGCAACAAGUCCGAGAUUCAGUGCGUCAAAGACCGCAAGGAUCGUGAGGUUUGGUUUCAGGUGAAGGUCCGCCUGUCUCGCAACCUUACCGUGGGCUGCGAUCGCCACGGCGGCGGCGACGACGACGACGGGCGCGACGUCUGGGGGGGGGCCCCCCCCAAAGGGCACCCCUGCCCGGCCCAGGGCGGCUUCUACUUCUUCCCCAUCGACCACCGGCAUCCGACGCAACCCUGCGGGUGACGACGUGACAAAGUUGAAAAUAUCGUCGAGCCCCUCAAAAUAUUUUGUGUUUAUUUUUACAUACUCGGCCAAUAAAGAUCUGUGACCGCAUCCUUUCAGGAGGGGAGC